AUGCUGGAAGCUGACAAGUUUGGCGUUGACGGACAUCACUGUAAUAGUGUCGACGACUUUCUCGCAGAGGCAGGAUGGAUUGUGUGGGCACAACGACUUGAGGAAACCAAAAUACUGAAUCUGGAACCGACAGCCGUGAAAGGUGUUACUGGUGCUGUCCUUGAGCAUUUUGAACAAGUCGGAAGCUCGGUGCUAUUGCGUGUUUCACGGAUCUAUAGUCUCACCAAUGCAGGCAUCAAUGCUUUUCGUAUCAUUGAAGGAUCUAAUCCAGGAUUGAUGGAAAGGCAGCACGAUGUGGAUCUGGUCGGCAGCGGGUCUGGUGCCCUUUCAAACCUGAGCGAAAGCACAGACUAAUUUUUUUUUGGUUACCCUAUGCUUUCCUUAUAUAUCAGAAAUGCUUGUGUACCUCUUUUCGUCACAAAAGGGAUCACCUCGCACUCUAUAUGAUAUAGUCUCUGUGACAGAAGAGAGAAAAAAAAAUGAAGUGAGAAUAUUCUUUCUUCCGUUGUUGAAUAGAAAGACCAUCGUCGCCUCCUCCCCUCUCCCUUUAUGACC